AAGUGUCCUUUAAGCCCCUGGAAUCCAGGCUGGAGUGUGCUGCAGCCGGCGGAAUGGGCAGCUGCUGAGAGGCGUGCACACGGCGCUUUUAUUUACUUUUUUUUUUUUUUUUUAGUUUGCAUUCAUUUAUUUUAUACAUUGUGUUGUGUCCGCGGGAUCCCGGAGCACCGGAGAGGGGGGGCUGUGUGCGGCUCUAUGGGGCUGACGGAGCAGGAGGAGCUCACUGACUGACAAUAGAGCGGCUGCCAUUCCUCUCACACACACACACACGGCCUGCGUCACCCGGCCAUCCAGGGCACCAUUCAGCGAGCACCCGGGCGGGGGAGGCCCUAUAGCUGCCUCAGGGAGGGAGGAGGGGGAGAAGAUGAGACUGUGACCCGGCGGCGGCGGCUGCUGAGGAGAAGAUGGGAGUGCUGAGCCCGUCCGGAGGGAGGAGAAGAAGAGCCAGCUGCCCGUCCACAGCACCGAGCUCAUAUCAGUGCCAGCCCCGGGCACGAGCAGGGAGCACUGUCCUUAGGGGCCCCAGUAUAGGGCCACACCACACAUCCCACUGAGAGAGAGAGGGGCAGCACUCAUUCAUUGUUUACUCCCAGGAUCUGCACUCCCCUCCAGGCCCAGGCUGGCCAUCUGGCAGCUCUAGUGUUGGCCAAAGGAGCUGCUGUGUCUGGAAGUGUCCCCUGUGCUCCCAUCUCCUUCUUUUAUCCUAACAAUUGCUGGGACCCCCAUAGAGGACCAGCGCCUCUCCAUCACACCCCACCACUCCAUCAGCCUGGGCAAGGUUGGCAUCCUAUAUUAUCCUGCCACCCUCUGCCCCCUCCACUCCUCCUUCAUAGGGUUGCAUGGCAUGACUCUGUAUGAUAAACUGUUGAUGAGGGAUUUUUGCUAGAGAUGUUCUUUUUUUGGACUGCGAUUUUUAUUUCUAUUCUGGCUAUUCUCUGAGUUGCCCCUUUUUUUUUUUUUUUUUGACACCCCCCUAUAGUCUUUAUUUUUUGAAGCACACAGGUGUGGGUGUUUGUGUGUAUAUAUACAUAGGUGUUCUUGCUUUUGUGUUUCUUGGUGAGUUUGCCCCCCUGAGGCAUUGUUCAAUGGAAGUAUGUUACCAGCUGCCGGUGCUGCCCCUGGACAGGCCGGUGCCCAAGCAUGUCCUAAGCCGCAGAGGUGCCAUCAGCUUCAGUUCCAGCUCCGCGUUGUUUGGAUGCCCCAACCCAAGACAGCUUUCGCAGAAUCGUGCAGCUCUAUGUGAAGGCAUCUCACCUUAUUUAUCCCAGAGACGUGGGGCAAUAUCAUAUGACAGCUCUGACCAAACUGCCUUGUACAUUCGUAUGUUAGGCUCUUGUGUAAUAUUCAAACAGCUGAGUGCAAGAGAUGUCAGAGUAAGAAGCAGAGCCGGCUUUGAGUCUGAAAGGCGAGGCUCUCACCCUUACAUUGAUUUUCGUAUUUUGCACUCACAUUCGGAAGUUGAAAUCUCCUUGUCUGCACGAAAUAUACGUCGGUUGUUAAGUUUUCAGCGGUACUUGAGGUCCUCUCGAUUCUUCCGUGGUGUCACUCCACAGAAUUCACUGUACAUUUUGGACGAUGAUUACAAUGGACAAGCCAAGUGUAUGCUGGAAAAAGUCGGAAACUGGAAUUUCGAUAUAUUUCUUUUUGAUAGGUUGACUAAUGGAAACAGUCUGGUAACCUUAACCUUUCAUCUCUUGAAUCAUCAUGGUCUAAUCGAUCACUUCCACUUGGACAUGGUGAAACUACGGAGAUUUUUAGUUAUGGUUCAAGAAGACUACCACAGUCAGAACCCAUACCACAACGCAGUGCACGCUGCUGAUGUGACUCAGGCCAUGUACUGUUAUUUAAAAGAACCCAAGCUUGCCAAGUCUCUCACUCCAUGGGAUGUCCUGCUGGGUUUAAUUGCAGCAGCAACACACGAUCUGGAUCAUCCUGGUGUAAAUCAGUUUUUUUUAAUAAAAACAAACCACUACUUGGCAACUUUAUAUAAGAAUACCUCAGUAUUAGAAAACCACCACUGGAGGUCAGCAGUGGGCUUGUUGCGAGAAUCUGGUUUGUUUGCACACAUGUGUUUGGAAGAAAGAACACAAAUGGAAAGCCAGUUGGGCUCCAUCAUUCUUGCUACAGACAUUAGUCGGCAAAAUGAGUACCUGUCCCAGUUCAGAACCCAUCUAGAUAAAGGUGACUUAUGCCUGGACAAUGCUGACCAUCGCCAUUUCAUCCUGCAGAUGGCUUUGAAGUGUGCAGACAUCUGUAACCCGUGCCGGACCUGGGAACUGAGCAAGCAGUGGAGUGAGAAAGUGACUGAAGAAUUCUUCUACCAAGGGGAUGUGGAAAGGAAAUGUAACCUGGACCUCAGUCCGCUGUGUGAUAGGAAUACAUCCAACAUAGCCAACAUCCAGAUCGGUUUUAUCACCUAUUUGGUGGAACCAUUGUUUGUGGAGUGGGCCAGGUUCAGUAACACCAGGCUGUCGCAGACCAUGCUAGGCCACGUGGGACUAAAUAAAGCCAGCUGGAAGGGAAUGCUGCAGGAACGGUCUAGUAGUGAAGAAGCUGAUCCUGCUUUUGAUGACUGACCCAUUUUUUUUUUUUUUUAUACCUCAGGAAGAUUGUGCACCAUGAACCUAGAGCAUGUAUUACAGCGGGUUUUCUUUUGGUGGAUUUAUCGGAGAGACGAAAAAGGUCUUGGUGAGAAAGCAAUUGAGCCUGAUUGCCAAGGUUACACUUUAAGAAAAAUAAUGCCAGCAUUAUUUAUCUCACACCUUUUUCUUUAACGUUAUUCUGCUUUUCUUUUGGCCCCUUCCUCGAGAUGACCUGAACAUAGAGCAAUAUGCACAUACCUCAGUUGGCUUUUGUAUCAAAGCUUGAAUAUGCAAAGCACAGCAAUGACUGAAAACUGCAGGAAGAUUCUUAUUUAUGUGCCACAGGUCCCCGCCCCCCAUUUUUCUUCUAAGUAGCGUUAAAGGGAAACACUUUUUUUUUUUUUUUUUUUUUUUUAGAAAUGGAAGAAACCUUUUGUCAGCGACUGGUGGGAUCUUGCCAGAAUCUAGUGACUGAUCUUCUACCUUCCACUUUGUGUUGAAUUCUCACUUGGAAAUGUGAAGUGCCCACACUGCUUUGCUGCCUUGGCAAGGAAUGCUGUUUACAAAUACACUGAAAAUACUGACUGAAAACUUGCCUUGACGCAUGGCUGUGAAGGAACCACUAACUGGAUUUUUUUUUGUAUGAUUAUUUAAGAGAACAAAUGUGGACUGCAAUCCUCCCUUACCCUUGACACACCACCAACUCCAUUUUCUUUAUCACAGACCUCUACCCCCCAUUUUGCAUUAUUUCUGAAAGCUUACAGCCAGGCUUCAAUCCAGAAGUAGUUGGAAUUCAGCUUUUGUCUUUUUGUUAUUUUCUUUUUUAUAAUUUAACAGCAGAGUACAAGGAGUGUGUCCUGGCUGUUCAGCAGAGCUAUGGUGAAAUGCAUUGCAUGCUAUUUUGUUUCCUUUUUUCCACUACUGAACACUUGAACUGCACAUAAAAGGUGAAAUUAAUGUAAACACCAUAUUCAGCUCAGGGUAUUUGCCAAUCUGAAAUAAAGAGGGAAGGGAAUUGUCGUUCGGACAAGGGUACAAAUGCCUUUUUUUGCUGCAGCGUGCCUGUGUGUUUGAGUGUUGAGAGGGGCUGUAUAUUGUGUGUGUGUGUGUGUGUGUGUGUGUGCGUAUGUAUGCGUGGCGUGCGUGUGUAUGCAUGCGAUUGGUUUUGUGUCUCUCCCAUGGGUUUGGAAUCUUCCUCACAAAAGCUUUUGCCUGAACGCCAACUCCCAUAAUUUUUAAAAGUCUUAUAGAUGGUGGGAGUUGUAGGUUCAGCUCAGCUGCUGUGCUGACUCUGCCACCCGUGGUCUAAGUUUUGGUUCAGUCAUCACCGCUGUAAGAUGAGUGAACUGUAACAAAUUGCUAAAAUGCCUUAAUCUAUGCACAAAGCUAAGUGACCAAACGUGGUGUGUUUUUUUUUUUCCUUUGUUUUUUUGAUAUGUGCAUUUUGUUUUGUUUUUUUUUUUUUUUUUUUAUUAUUAUUUUGUAUUUUUUUCUUUUUAAGUGAAACACAGUUCUGUGGGAUUUUGUUGUACGAUGAAAUGUUUUUAGGACCAGUGGCAGGACUAAUUUUAAACUUAAAACAUUCCAUUAUUUUGUAAUUUGUUUUAAGUAUAGUGAGCACAACUGUUAUGUAGAUUUAAAAAGAAAAAAAAAAUGGUGCUUUUUUAGCCAAUUUGUAAUUUCCUUGGUAUUGCUGUUAAAGACUGUUUAUCAUCUGUUUACAGUUUGUUGCAACAGACAUUUUUUGGGGGGUGGGGGGAGACUGCUUAAGCGUGAAGCCAUUUGUACACGGCUUUGCCAUACUCAUUUUAAUACGUGCCUGUUGCUGUUCGGUUUUGAUGAAUAAAAAUAAAUUGAAAAACAAA